UACUGGUUGGUCACGUGUGGGUACUCAUUCAAGUGUCUUAUUUACACAAAAUACUUAUUAGACAGGUGCAGUAAAAGUGUAUGAAAGUCGCUACUGAAAAAAUUCAGUAUGAUGCUCAACAUAAUUCUUUACAGCAUAACAUAAAAGCAGCCACAGUAUUCAUUCUUUUAUCACAGAAAAGAUUCCGCUAGAACACGAAUAUCCCUGGACUGCUGGCAGACAAUUUUUUUCCAGUUAACUACUAAAACGAAGCAUGAGACUUCAAAGCUUUCGAUUUAGUCACAUUCUUUGUGGAGGCUCGCCGAGACCAACAGCGGAGAACUUCGCAAGAGGCUACGCGUUGGUCUCGGCAGACAGACAGCAGUCCACCUACACACGUGCGUGGUUAGAAACAAGUUGCAUGGCAAUCAAAGGGACAUAACUGUCAAGCCUCCAAUUAUUCCUUUAAGAGUGCAUUCCCUUGAAGGUUUACAAGAUGCUGUGAGAUGGCGGAUCUGCUUCACAAGCUGCGAAAAUAUAAAGCAUACUUGAAGGUGCAUCCUGAUGGCGAUAAGGUGCUGCCUGUACUUCAGAAGCUUUCCACUCUUCCUAUGUCAAUAGCAACAUUGCAGGAAACUGGAAUUGGAAAAGUGGUUAACGGUUUUCGGAAACAGGAUGGAGAUGUUGGUGAUUGUGCAAAAUCUUUAGUUGCACAAUGGAAGGAUCUGGUGACUGCAGAGGCAAAACAGAGGCAGCAUGAAAGUGAUGAAAGUGGUGAUGACAGAGCUGCUGAAUCAGAACAGGAUGAAAACAGAGAUGAAGCAGCAGAAGAAGAAGAGAGUAUGAGACAUAAUGAAGAGAGUAGUGAUGAAAACCAUUAUCAAGAAACAUAUGAAAACUGUGAGAAUGAAGAUGAGCCUUAUGAUGAUGGAAGAGAAGCUUCUGACAGUUCUGAUCACGUCCAAGAAAGUGAGAAUGAUGAUCAAGAUGACUCUCACUGCAGCAUGCAACAUGAUGACGAAAACAACUCCGAUGAAAGUGAGGAAGAUACUUGUCGCAAAUCCCAUUAUAAAAGCAGACAAGAUGACGAGGAUAUUGGUCAGGCAUUUAAGAUGGGAAAGCUUCACAGUCAUUAUUCAUCCCAUAAUAAUGCCACACUAGAGCACACCUCGACAAAGAGAGAUGCUCGAAGAGAAGUUAAAGAAAAGCAUCGUAGUAGCCACAAGUCUUCAUCUUCAAGUGCCAAACACCACAUUAACCAUGGAGAUUUUGACCGAAACACAGACAUUAAGCACAGCAGUCAUGUUAAAACUGCUGACAGACAGCCAGAUGGACAUCAUGAAAGUGCCUCCAGGCACAAGGAGGACAAGAACAGAUCAUCCUCAAGAAGUAAACAUCCACAUAAAAGUGAGUCUGAAAAUCAGGCUUCUAAGAGUCAUCACCAAAAUUCAUCACGCUCUUCAACGCAUUCUUUGUCAUCCAAAGACCAGACCUCAACAAAAUGUCAUAACAAGGAGGGGUUACACUCAAGCACUUAUCAGUCUUUAUCAAACUCAAGCUUAAAAACUAACAGCUUUUCAUCCCACACUACACCAGAUGACAAGCAGUCUUCUAAAUUAGAAACUCGGCAUUCAGACAGCAGCAAAUCUUUAGGCAACAAAACUGUUUCAUCCAGACUUUCUGAUUCAGGUAGCACAUCCAAACCAACAAAUUCAGGUAGCAGUAAGUCCACAGAUGAGAAGAUUGUUAAGUCUGGUUCAAAGCAUCAGAAUCAUGAAAAAUCCAGCAAACCAAUGCCAACGUCUGGCCUGCGGCAUUCAGGUGAAAAAGAUUCAUCUGCAAGAAAAAAUAUUUCCAAGACAGAUCAUGGAUCAAGCAAAGAUAAGGAAAGACAGAAACACAAAGAAGGACAUUCCUCAGAAAGCAGGCAGGCAUCCUCUCAAGACAGACAUUCAAAACAUGUUGCAGAACCACAAAGGCAAACUUUAGGCCAAGCUAGCAAAUCUGGCAGGAGUAACCCACUUUCAGUCAAAGAGACCUGCAGACCUCAUCUUGAAAGUGAAGAGGAGGAGAGAGGAGGAACAGCAGAAUCCUGUGAUGAUUAUGAGGAAUACAUUGACAGGUGGGUAGAGGAUGGUGUUGUUGAGUACAACCCUAGUGCUGUUAAGCCAAAGGCUGCAAAGAAGAAGAGGCUGUCAACAUCUGAAUCGGAAAGAAGUCAAAGCAUUGAAGACUACGAAGAAUAUAUAAGUAAGCAGGCUGCGCAUGCCUCUGCAGAUUUUGUAGAGUACACCCCUGGGCCUGUGAGCAAAGACAGUGACAAAAACCACUCUCGGCACAACAAGGACCAAAAAAGUUCUAAACACAGUCAUUCAACAAGUGACAAACAUCAUUCCCGUAGUGACAAGAGCAACUCUAAACUACAGAAAUCUUGUGAAAUACAUUCUGUGGACUACGUUCCAACAAAGAUACAAAGAGACAAAGUCAGUUCACAUGAACCUAAUAAAGCUGCAGAUCCUUUGCACAAAAAAGUCAAGUCUUGUGCCCAUGAGGAGUACACUGUGCUUGAAGACAGUGACGGUGAGAAUGAGAAUGCUGAAUACAUCCCAAGCCCCAUCAAACAAGGAAAAGAGCGUAAGCCAGUAUUCGAGGUCUUCAGUGGUGACGAUGAACAUUUGGAUACAGAAUGCAGGAGUAGAGAAACAAAGACCAAGACUAAACAUAAGGAGCAGGUUCAAGAUGAAAAGCUACAUUACGGAAAUGAGCAAAGGAAAUCCUCCCAUUCCUUAUCCUCACAGAACUCGAGCAAAAAUUAUAAUGAUGAAAAACAAGUAGACAGGAAAGUGCGUUACGAUGGGAAAAUUUUUAGUGAACCAAAGCAAAAUUUUACAAUGCACUCAAAGUCAACAGGCUCAGGAAAAAAUACAGAGAAGCAAAAACAUGGUGAAAGUCAAGACACAGAAAGCAGGAAGCCGAGCGAUAGGAAAUCCAAGCUUGAUUCACAUGUCACCGGAACAUCCAAGAGUGAUCGGAAUGUCAAAGGUGUUCCAUCCCAUUUAGGUUCUUUGGAUACAAAGAAAGAUAGCACAUCUCAUGGCAAGGGCACUACAUCUUCAGCCUCGAAGCCCAAAAGCAAGUCUCAUCUUGUGAGUGAGGCUACUGAAUAUAGCCUCUUCAGCUGUCCAGAUGAUCACACCAUCAAAACAAGCAUCAAAAAGGAAUCUAAAGUUCCUGCAUCUUCAUCUGUUCGUCAUGCAGACAAAAGCAAAUCUUAUGACAAAUCUGUAGUAAAAGACAGCAGCAAGGUGCAGGGUAGACAUUCAAAAACCUUUCCGGAUGAAAAAUCUUCACAAGACAAUAAAUUGUCAUCAGAAAAGACCUAUCACAGUGUCAGCAGAGACAAACACAGUGAACACAAACAAAUAUCAAAGUCAAAGGAAAUUGUAGACAAAAUCUCUUUCAAGCCAAAGGACAGAGAUAUCAGUGAUGAUCACGAACACAAGGGAAAGUCUUUCAAAACAAAGAACAGUGAGGUCGGUGACAGAAAGUCUGAUAUCGCAGAAUAUUCCAUGCCUGUUGAUGACGGCGUUUCCUUUGAAGACUUUAUGAACUAUGAUGAAGCAUCUGUCAAGAAGAAGAAGAAGACAGCAGACAAAUCUUCAAAGAUUAAGGAACCUUCAAGGAAAAGUGAAAAGACUUCUCCUGUGCCUGCUAGAGAGAUUAAAAUCACAAAUGAAGAUAUUUUGAACAUGCUACCAGAGACGAGUGCCAACUAUAGACCUUUCCGAUUUCACCCCAUUGAUGAAGAAAGACACAAGGAAAAGGAAGGCAUCUAUGUGGACCCCAUGCUGAUUGGAUCAAAAACCACCUCUCGUACAAAAGUUUAUUCAGGGCAGCGUCAUGGUUUGACGGAGGUGAAGUCGUUGUUCGACCUUUGCACUCAGGUCCUGAUUGACAACAUAGAUGCCAUUGACUAUGUUGGCGGCAUUCCCUAUGAUAUCUUGAGGCCUGUGUUGGAGAGAGCUACACCUGCACAACUGUUCAACCUGGAAAACUAUAACCACCAUUUCCUGGAAGAUACUGACAGCUUGUGGCAGGCACACUGUGAGCGAGACUUCCGUGGCUGUGAGCCAGAUGAGAUAGAGACGUGGAGAGAGCUGUACCUGCGUAAGUAUGAUGAACGAGAGGCCAAGUACCAGAAGCUGAAGACAGCCAUGUCAAGCACCAUCACUCGUGGCCAGGCUGGCCGAAAAGUUCGACUAGCUUUUACGGAUACCAUUGCAAAACCACCACGAGAUGUCCUACGCAGACAGAUGAAGUAUGGCACAGCUGGAAUUUCACGUGCUGGUCGGCCAAUUCCAUCUGCCAACAAAAGGUCCAUGGAUGGAUCCUCAUCUUCUGGUACUUUGCAACAUUUGAAAGAUUACCGACAGAUAGGUGCCUCAGCAAUCGCUUUGGCCACCAGAGUUGACCCAUUCCAGACUAACAAGCCAAGGAUAGUGGCUCCAAUGAUGCAGAAGACACUCAAAAUGCUGAAGAAAAUGCGACACUAAGCAAGAGUCUCUGCACCAGAAAAAACUCCCAGCUUCUAAUGAUCUCACAUCAUCUGUCUCUGGUCUUAACAGCUAAUAGAAUUGCACCAUAAAGUGAAAGUGAAGUUUCAGAAACAUGGAAAACAUAUUUUGUUUUCUGCUUGUUAAUACCAGUAGGGUAGCAAAGAGGGUAUGUUACAUGGAAGUGGGCAGGAUCUGACCACACAAAUCCUGAAUUCCCGUCCCUCAACAUAUCCACUUGUAGUAAACUGAUAAUGCAACAUCUUGCAUAGUUUUUAGCAGGUUAUUAGGGUGUGAAAUUCUUGAAGGUAGUGGUCUGUAAUACUGAAUCCUACACAAAGCUGUUUAUUACAUUGACUAAUAUUCCUUGCCUAGUGAACCACUGGUGCAAAUUAUGUGAGAAAGUGACAUGCAUGGAAGGGCAAGAAAUGUGUGCUACAUAUCUGUGCAGACGCCGUAGCAUUCUGCUGGAUUUUGUUCCACUGCGUGCUUUGACACUGAAAGAGAGAAUGCAGAGGUACUUCUUGUGUUUGUUCUUCAAAGGCCUACACACAUUUAAAAAUGUGUUUUAUGAACACUCACCACAAAAUUUGCUGUGCUUAAAUUUGUACAUAGGUGUUCUUGAGUCUUCCCUUUUUGACUGAAUCGUGCAAAGAGUUUAACAGUUGACAAAUAGUUUCCUCAUGCGGCUGCCUGAAGUGUUGGAUUGCUUCACUUGUACCCAUAGGCAUAAAAGUGUUUUAUUAUAUAGUUGUUUAAUCCCAGAUUUUAUUUUUGUUGUUUUGCUAUAGUGAAGUAAUAGAAAUGUGUGUGUAUAUAUAUAUAGAUCUGUUGAAGAUAGAUCACUUCCCAGAUAACUGUCACAAAACUUUUCCCACUUUCCUGAUUUUAAUGUCUGUAUGCAAAGGAAGAACUGACAAGUUUCUAAAAUAAUUUCUGCAGCUUUCUUUUGCAUAUGUAAAUUCUCCAUAUAAAGUGUGGCUUCUUUCAUAGGUUUGAGAAGAUAAUUUAAGCAUAUUUUGUGCUAGCUGCCAAGUGUGAAAAAAAAAGAUUUUAAAUGUAGAAAAUGAACCAACACGACAUAAAGAGAGUAUUAUUAUUAUUGUGACUUGGUGCUGAGGAAGUAGAUAAUUUAUGUGCUAAAAUUUGAACAAGUCUUACUGAAAUUUGAGGCUUAUUACUUCCCCUUCCCCCAUACAUACUUUAAUGCACCUUUUAUAUGCCCUGAACAGGGUAUGGCUUUCGAUGACAUUUUUUUGUAUUUUAAGUUUUUUUUUUAAAUAGAUUAUGCAAAAAGCAUGCUGAAAUUGAUAACGAGAAGUAAAAGAAACACGGAUUAAGCAAAUAUCAUCCAUUAAUGUUGUAAAAAAAAAAGUUGAUCACAAGUGCCUAGAAAAGAAUGAGUGGCACCUAAUUUUUUUUUUAUUGUGUAAGUGCAUACUUGUGUCUUUGUGCAUGCAUGUGUAUUCAUUUUUUAUGUAUAUAAAGCAUGUUUUUUGAACAUGCAAGGCAAGGUUUUGCCUGAGAGUCCUGAUAAAUAUUCAUAUUCAUUUGAGAACGUGUUACUUUACAUAAACGACACUGCAUUCAUUUUGACAUUUGUGUCUGUUGGCAUGAAUGGCUGUACCUCUUCUUGAGGAGUUUUAAGAACAUAUGUUAAUAUUGCUUUUAGAAAUGUAGAGGGGCAAUGAUUUGUUCCUUGUUAUAAACUUUUUAUUGUGUGACUAGUAUUUGACAUACAGUCAUUCUGUAAAGAUCUAUGUCUUAUAUGGUGGGUGGUUCCUUGAAGUGAAAUGAAAGUACUCUUUUUGCCUGGUGCAGAUUCCUUACUGUGGUAUAUGCUUUAUUGUGUGUGUAGUCAAGUGCAAUCAGCAUGACAGUGUGUGUAGUAAAGUAUGUUGGAAGAAUGUUGAUCGUGAAUAGCAUAUGAGGCAGGUGGCUUUGUGAUGUUUGCAACUAUAAGUUUGCAAAGUGAUGUCCAUGUUGAGUUGAAAAUACUUAUAAUCAUUUCCUGGUGUUGUACGUCAUGUUGUAUUCUGGCAACACAUUCACUGAGCCCUGCUUGUACCAAAACAGCAUACCUGAAUUACGACAUGUCUAUGAUGAUGGUGUGUACUGUUAAGAAAUUUUUAAACAAUAUUUUUCUUAGGAAUCAUAUCUAAGAAAAUGGAUUGCAAGCUACAUAUGUAGAUAUAUUGACAGGCAGGGUAAUUCACUGAAUGUUCAUGGUGUUAAAAAGGAAUACGAGACAGUUUUAGGAUUGUGUACAGCAAGUGUACAGCAAGUAUACCCUGACCUAUUUAAGUUCAUCUAUGGGGUUUGCAAGUUUACCGUCAUAUUUAUUACCUAUGAGAAAACUGGAACUUUAGCUUUUCACUCUAUUUAGUCAUAUUUAUUAUAGUGAUAAUUUUUUAAAGAGGUGAUAAUAGAAUGAUGACAUUUUUUUUCUGGAGCUGGACUGAUAACAUUUUGUAAACUUUUCUUGACAGUUCUAUUGAUGUUUUGCAGAAGUAUGUUUGCUACAGGCAUACGGUUUGGUACUAGAAUGAUUCAUGUGACUUACACAAAAAGUCUUGUUAUUGUCUUUCAGUUGGGAUAAAUUGGUAGAGCAAGAGAGUGAACUGUCUUUUGAACACUAUAGCUGUAGGCCUUACACAAAAUGAUAUCUAUUGGCCAUCUAUUUUGGUGGCCUCCUUCCUCACGUUAGGCAGUCUGUAAACCACAGCAACGCACAGAAAAAUUUCUUUUAAACAGAUUUGCCAGAAUGAAUCCCUGCUGAAUAGUAACAGUUGCCUGCCUUGCCACAUUGUUUGAAAGUUGACUUCUUAGCUUUCUUUUGAGAUGCUAGUCAUGACUGGAAGGAAGAAAGUGAUCAUAAAAUGCUGCAUAUAAAGUUAAAUGCCCCAUAUUGCCUUUUUAAUCUGUGCAACGGGUAUGUGCCUUCUAGUGCGGUUUAUUCUUUUUAUCAGCCAUAUUUUGUAGCUUGAUCACACUUGACCCAAAACAGAUUGAGUCAUCAUUUGAAUGGGUAGCAAGUAGUAAAUGUGUUCAUGGCUUGAAAAUGAUUUUGCAGUUUAGCUUCUGUUCCUUCUUCAGACCUUGCCCCAUGAGCCCAACCACAGGGUGUAGGCUUCAGGACUGAAUUCAUUCUCUUAUUGCCUAUGUUGUCUUGCCAGCUAGUUCUUUUUUCAAUUGUUAUUACUGCUUAUAAACAUAUGCCUACUUGUGCAUGAAACUCAGAAGCCAGUUAGAGAUUUAAUAAACAAAAAUGAAGUAUAUUUACAGCACAGUGCACUUUACAAAUUUACAUGGGAAAUAUACAAAUACAGGCUGUCAAUGUACAAAAGUGUCGACUAAAACCUGUCAAAAUGUAGAGACGAUUAUAACCAAAUUUAACAGGCUGCGGACAUCGAUAAACAAACUGUCAGAUCUAGAGUUUCUAUGCCCUUCCUGUGGAAGACAACCCUCACAGCAUGACUGAAUUUUUUUUUUUUUUCACUCGGGAAUUUUUAUUUCUUCUGGUCCAGAAAUUAUUUGUGCACAUUAGUAGGUAAAAGCAAUACAAUUAUUAAAGUGAGAUCAAGACCAAUAGAUUUUUUAUGAGAAUUUUUGAAGUUAUUGAAGAGAUUUUUGUCAAGUUUUCAUUCAUGAUUUUAUGGAAUGUUAAAAUGGUUUAAAGAUGGGACACAUCCAACUAAAAGUUUUAUAUUUGUAGGGACAAAC